GGCAAAAUGUCGUGAACUUGUAAAUGGCUGAUAGUGGUCGGGAAGAAAAGCUGGCCGCGGCCAGGAAAAAGCUCAAGAAAUUUCAACAAAAACGGACUCCUUCCUCGAGUCCGCUGGUAAAGGAUGUGAAACAUAGUGUAGAUUGCUCGUCGAAUUAUUCACCGAGUUCAUCAGAAUCCGGAGGGAACUUGUCAACAGCAAACGAAAAUGUAAAUCAUCUCAACCCACCAUUAUUACCUGUAAAUGGAACACAUCUUUCAGAGGAGCUCAGCAAUCAACCACAAGAAUUGGUUGGUGGAGCUGUUGAUCAUCCUCUUCCAUCUGGUUCAAAUGACAGAGAAUACUCAACCACUGAAAAAAUAAAACAACUCUGUUCACAAAUAAAUGGACUUACAGUCAGCCAGGAUCACUAUAUCAAUGGUGAAGAUCCACUUUUUCAUGAAAUCAAGUCUCUUGAGAGUAGAAACCAUGAGCUUGAAGAUAGAGUACAGUCUUAUAAGAGAUCCAAUGAACAACUAAACAGUCAAGUUAACGAACAGAGAAGACAAAUAAUACAGUUUCAGGAACAGAUAAAACGAGAAAGAACAGAGUUGGCAAACAAACAGCUUUUGGAACAGAGGUCACUGAAAGAACAGCUUGAGGUUCAUAUUCAGACGAUAGGUAUUCUAGUGGGAGAGAAACAAGAGCUUCAGAGCUCUGUGUCACAACUGCAGAGGAAAUAUGAAAUCAAACAAAGUGAAAACACAGAACUAACAAGCAGGUUACAAACUGUUCGACAAAAAGCAGCUGAGCUUGAGAAAAAUCUAGCAAAUGUCACUGCAACCUGUGAAAAGUAUGAAGAUGAUGUGAAGCAACUUCGGCAAGAAAGAGAUAAAUAUCAGACAGCUAAUUACACGCAAAACCAAGAAAAGGAAGAACUUUUACAACAAAAUGCUGAGCUUAGAGUGAAGUUAGAAUCCAAGGUUUCUGAGUGUGAAGAUUUGAGCAAGACUGAAUCAGAAUUAUCAUUUAAGUUGAAACAGGCUCAACUUGUGGUUCAGCAGCUUUCAGGAGAGCCAAACUCUUCAGCAAGCCACCAGUUAAUUGAGCAAUUACAAAGCGAGAAAACCGAACUGGAGAGUAGAUUAGAACAGGUUAAUAGUACUGUACAAAGAAUUGCAACAGAUAAAGGAGAACUCCUACAACAGCACGCAGAAGAAGUAGACCAGUAUGAGAGAAAGUUAAGAGCCUUGACAGAUGAGGUGGAGUCACAUGACAGGGAAAAGAGGUUUUUGAUUGCGAAGGAGAGUGAACUUCAAGAUGCAGUGCAGAGUUUACAGAAGGAAUUGGCUGAUCUGCGAGACAAGGAAGCAAGUCAGCAAGUAGAAUCAACACAGCUUGCCGCAGCAGAGAUUGAGAGAUUAGCGGAGGAUAAACAGAGGCUGGCUGAACACUUACAGCAAGAGGGUAAAGAAAAUUCAAGACUCGUAAGGGAGCAGGAGAAAUAUCUACUGAGAAUACAGGAGCUAGAGACAGCCGUAGCCCGCCUGGGUGAGGAGUCUAUUGAUAAAGCUACUCUCCUGGAAAGUGUUCAGAGUGACAAGGAGACUAUCAGCAGGGCUUUGAAACAGAAUAAAGAUUUAAAGACCAAGACGGAAGAAUUGGAAGAGAGAUUUAUAAAAAUGAGUCAAGAAAACAUGGAGCUCACAACACGUUUGGAAACUGAGCAACAUAUGGCUAAGGAACUCGCAACAAAACUGAGCGAUAUGGGAGUUGAACUGGAAGAGUCCAAACAAAUGCUCCUUGUGAGGAAUUCUGAGGUUCAGUCACUUACAGAAGAACUGCAAACUGCUAACAACAACCUUAGAGAAGAGGUAAUCAAAGGAGAGAGUGUGAUAUCUUCACUCCGAGAUGAACUUGAUGUAUCGUCACAAACGUUCCUUGAUCAGAUCAAGCAGAAGGACUUUGAAAUUUCCGCUAUUCGUGGAGAAAUCGAUAGAUCAUCAGAACCACUCAGAGAACAGCUGGCCAAGAAAGAGUUUGAAUUGGCCACUCUUAAGGAGGAGCUAAGCCAAUCAGAGGCGAGGCUGACUGAACAGUUCCUCUUGAAUGAGGACAGUCAGACGUACAGGAAUGAGGCUGAACUUACUAACAGUUUACGACAAGAACUGCAGUUAGCCCAGGAAUCGAUCAGGAUAGCAACAACCGAAAAUUCUCAGCUGAAAGCAAUGUUAUCCAGUAUAGAGAACCACAGCAGCAUGGAACCGUCACCAGGCGAGAGUUCAGAUGAUUCAGAUGACCCAGCUGUGACUCACGCAGGUCACGUGUACAACGGAGAUGCCGCCUUUAACAUCAAGAAGCUUUCCCCUGAGGAGACCUCGAUACAAGCCACGAAGAAUACUUUGGAGGAGUCAUCUCCAUACAUGAACGGAGACGUGAGCGAAGGAGAGAGCCCUCUGGACACGGACUCCAGUGAGGAUAUGAAUAUGGCACCUCACAACAGCUCCCCGCCCCCUCCCCCACCAUCCAAAUACACCAGCAGAGAAGACAUGGUUGAUUCAUUGUCUGCGUCCAUCCGACAACUUGAGAUGGAGCGAGACCAGCUGGCUGAUAUUUUACAUCGAACGCAAGAUCAACAGGAAGACGACAUUAUGAGAUUACAACAACACUUGGAACUACAGCUCAAACAGCAGCUCCAACAACAAUAUAGACAGGUGCAAGAGCAGUUUCAGCAACAACUUCAUGAGCAGCAGCAGAAGAUUCAACUGCUGCAGGCUGUAGUUGAAAAACAGAAGGAUCAGAUCGAGAGGAAGGAAGAGCCAGAGCUACCCAACAUUCCACUCGAUCAGCUCAGUGAUAAAGAUAUGUCACACGAAGCAAUUAAGAUGGCUUUCAGCAAAUUGCAGGCGCGGUUCAUGAAAUUAAUGAAUGAAAAAGCGUCCCUCAUAGAGAGAAUUCAGGAACUUGAACAUGUCACCAUACAACUGUCCCACGAAACAGAGACCAUCGGGGAGUACAUUACUCUUUAUCAAACCCAGAGGAAUGCUCUGAAGUCUUAUUACAAAGAUCGAGAGAAAAUCAUUGCUCAGUUGUCAAGCGAAAAGGCCAACAUGCAGGAUAAGAUGAACCAACUGCAAGAAUUGGUCAAACGUAUGCUGGAGGAAAGAAAAGAACUCAGAAUUCAGCAACAUCAGUUACAAAACGUUAUAAACAGUCGGAUGGUGGCGCACGAACAUGAAGCUGUCAUUUCUGGUACUCAACAUGACGACGACGUUGUAGUACCGCGAGCGGAAUUAAGCUUAGAAAGCGAAACGAACAGUCAAAGCUGGGACGACACUGAUGUGUCGAAAAGUUCAAGCGUGGAUGAGACAGAAAACGAACUUAAUCUACUUCAAAAUGAGGUGGAGUUAGAUCAAAAUGAUGGAACUGCUCGUCAAAUUCUACAGAUUUUAGAACAGUUAGGACCUACAGAAGACGGUGCUCAUAAAGGCGGGAUGUCUCCUGACCUACUGAGUAGAGAAUUUUUACCGUGUCGAUCUUGCGGAGGACGCGUCCUUAGAUUAUAGUCUUAAACAGAAAUAUUUUUAGCUCAAAUCAUAAAUAAUGGCUACAACAAGUAGGAACUGAGGUCGUGAGUAGACUGCGGAAUAUGUCAGGCCAACAUAGGUAGGAUAUACAGGGUUUGCACGGAUCAUGAACGUCUGGAAGGUCGUGGAAUUUCUCAGAAUCAUGUUCCAAACCUGGAAAUUCUUGAAAUUUGAGUGUGGGUCAUGAAAAGUUAACGAAAAUGACUAAAAAAGGAAUUUUUGUGAUUGUUAAGGAAAAAUGCAUUCGUUACAUGAACGUCUUCGCGAUGUUCUGAAGCCAACUUCUCGAUCCGUAGGACAUGGAAAAGGUUCGGGAAACAGUCCCUGGGAAAGUCAUGGAAUUUUAUGAUUCUUUAAGAAUACGAGCCACGAUAAAGUGAACCUGAGUAGAGGGUAGAAAACUAAGAACGGGUUAAAAGCUGUAAUCUCUGGCUUAUGAGAUCUAAUAACAGCCUCCGCAGAUCACAAUUAGUCAUUAUCGCAUUUACCAUCCGCGGCACAGGGCAUCGUAGUCAGAACACUAUUUUCUUAAAUCUGAUAUGCACGAUCUUCACAGGAAAUAUCGAUAUUGGACAAAUUUUCUAUUCAUUGAUGAAUUCCACCUUUGUCUUAACACAGCCGCAAGUUUCUUUCACCUAAUUUUGACUUUUCGAGAGCUGCAACAGGGUAUUGUCGUAAAUUUGACUUGUCGAGCAUAAUCGAGAAGCACUCUCUUAUCCGAUAAACCACUUAAAAUUGUACAAGAAUGCAAAGUUGAAAAAUUCCAUAUAAAUUCAAUCAGAUUUAGCAGUAGAAGUAAAAUUUAUUUAUUGGGGAAUUCGUUUGAUCAUUAAAGCUCGCGUUUUACGUAUAAGUAAAUUCGUCAAUACCGUUCAUAAGCAUGGGGUCCACGACGACGAGUCGGCGGUGAAUAGCAGUAGAAUCUUAAGAUCACCGGCUCAAAUUUCUUAGAUAAUUGAGAUAAUUGAAUAUAUUCAUAUUUAUUCCAUACUUUGAACCUUGCUGUCAGUCCUGGUUGAAAAGGCGCCAGACAAUGCCAGAGUGAUCGCAAGAAAUCAAGGCUAAUUUCUUGUUUGUUUCUACUCAAAACAAUACCUCAGUAAGCACUAGACAGAAAUUGCAUGCAGUACGAACUGUGCAUGUUUUUAUACACUGGUAAACGCGUUAUCUGGAUCGCGAAUUUUGGGUGAGGUAUUCGACAGAAGCUGGACAAGACACACAAGAAUUAUGAAUUUAUUUUUUGAGUUAGCGUUCAUCCAAAACAUUUGAGCCUGUUUGAGGAGCAUGGAGUAACGACAUGCAGUGUUUGUUCUCAGUUAACAGUGUUUCCUUGAUGACCAGAUCUUUCUUUCCUAAAUAGAUUAUCAAGGUACGAAUUUUUUAUACUAUAAAAGAAAGCAGGUCACUCGGGGGCAUGUUCACUGUAUUCCAUUGGAAAGCAAUGCGUAUCUCUAAGAUGUUCUUAAAUCAUGAAUCAAUUUAGCCUGGUGGUUAAAAAUUAAAUUAUAAUUUUAUGGAGAACCAAAUAAAGUAGUUUUAAACUUG